AUGCGAGAAAAAUAUACCAUAACGAUGCCUGUUGCUGAUGAAAUCCAGUCCUCAUGGGCUGACGAAGUUGAGAUCGAUCAGGGAGCUCUACCACCACCUUCAGAAGUAGUUGAAAAUGGUUUAAAAAUUGUCACUGAAUAUAAAUAUGACAAUGACAACAAGAAAGUGAAGAUUGUGCGUACUUAUAAAAUUGAGAAACGUGUAGUAUCAAAGAGUAUUGCUAAGCGUAAAACUUGGAGCAAAUUUGGUGACUCUGCUGAUGACAAACCUGGCCCUAACCCGGCUACCACCAAUGUUGCUGAAGAUGUUUUUAUGCAGUUCAUUACCAGCAAAGAAGAGAGCCAGCGUCCUGAUGAUGAAUGUGUGGAUGGUCUUAAGCCUCAAAGCAGCAGUGUGAUUGUCAAGUGCCGAACUUGUCAUGGUGAACAUUGGACCACCAGCUGUCCCUUUAAGCACACUCAGCUUGCUCAGACUAAAGCUUCUGAAGCAGCCAAAGCUGCAGAAACGAAAGCUACUACGACUAACAAAUACGUGACCCCAUUCAUGCGUGAAGGAGGUGCCGGUCGGGGCGCUGGUCGUGAACCCCCGGGCGCUCGCCGUGACGAUGUUGCUGCUAUUCGUAUUUCCAAUCUUAGUAACUUCGCAGUUGAAGCUGAUCUUGAUGACCUUGUUAAAGGUUUUGGCCCAGUGCAGAAGUUGUAUUUAGCUAAGGAGAAGAGUACUGGUCACUGCAAAGGAUUUGCGUAUGUGCACUUCAGGUUCCGUGCUGAUGCCGCCAAGGCUAUUCAGACUCUAAACGGACAUGGCUAUGACCACUUGAUUCUAAAUGUGGAAUGGUCGAAGCCUCCUCAAAACAACUGA